CAUGUCAACACGCGUAAAUCGCGCAGAUUGUCGCCCUAAAAUUCUAAGUGCAAUAUUUUGUGAAAAUUGAAAGGAAACAACACCAAAAUGACUAAAAAGAAACCGUUACCAAACCUCUCCAAAGAGGAGAAGAUGGUCAUAGUGAUAUCGGAAAUUAUACAAGAGUUAUUAAUCGCACAUCGUCAAGGCAAAGAUGUUAACCUCAACAAGAUGAAAACUCGGAUAUCGUCGAAGUACGGGCUUGGUACAUCACCGCGGCUCGUUGAUAUCAUAGCAGCAGUCCCGGCGGACGCGAAGAAAAUACUCUUACCGAAGCUGAAAGCGAAGCCGAUUCGUACCGCGUCCGGUAUAGCAGUGGUUGCCGUGAUGUGCAAACCUCAUCGUUGCCCCCACAUUAAUUUUACUGGGAAUAUAUGCGUGUAUUGUCCCGGUGGUCCGGAUUCAGAUUUCGAAUACUCGACGCAAAGCUACACGGGCUACGAGCCUACGUCGAUGAGAGCUAUUCGUGCGAGAUAUAACCCGUAUCUGCAGACUCGGCAUAGAGUGGAACAGUUGAAACAGCUCGGCCACAGCGUCGAUAAGGUCGAGUUUAUUGUGAUGGGAGGCACUUUCAUGAGCUUGCCGGAAGAUUAUAGGGACUAUUUUAUCAGGAAUCUUCAUGACGCCCUCUCGGGUCACACAUCAACAUGUGUAGCUGAGGCAGUGAAAUACUCGGAAAAGGCCAAGACGAAGUGUAUCGGCAUCACAAUAGAGACUAGACCUGACUACUGUCUGCAGAGGCACAUGAGUGACAUGCUUAACUAUGGUUGCACUAGGUUGGAAAUCGGAGUACAGUCUGUGUAUGAAGAUAUUGCCAGAGACACAAACAGGGGGCACACUGUCAAAGCGGUGUGUGAGAACUUCAACUUGGCUAAAGAUGCGGGAUACAAGAUUGUAGCCCACAUGAUGCCAGACCUGCCAAAUGUAGACUUUGAGCGAGAUGUUGAACAAUUUAUCGAGUUCUUUGAGAACCCAGCAUUCAGAGCUGAUGGUCUCAAGAUAUACCCCACAUUGGUUAUACGAGGCACCGGUUUGUAUGAGCUGUGGAAGACUGGCAGGUACAGAAGUUACCCACCUUCCACGCUGGUUGACCUCAUUGCUAAGAUUCUGGCCUUGGUUCCUCCAUGGACAAGGGUUUACAGGGUGCAGCGGGACAUUCCAAUGCCAUUGGUAUCUUCUGGUGUUGAGCAUGGCAACUUGAGAGAACUGGCUUUGGCUCGUAUGGCAGAUCUGGGCACUGACUGCAGGGAUGUCAGGACCAGGGAAGUUGGUAUUCAGGAAAUACACAACCGCGUCAGGCCAUAUGAAGUGGAGCUUAUAAGACGUGAUUACGUUGCUAAUGGGGGGUGGGAGACAUUCCUAGCUUAUGAAGAUCCAGAUCAAGACAUUUUGGUGGGUUUACUGAGGCUUAGGAAGUGUGCGUCAGACACCUACAGACCUGAGUUGAAGCCAGGGCCCAAUGCUAACUUCAAACAGUGCAGUAUUGUGAGAGAACUGCAUGUGUAUGGUUCUGUUGUGCCGGUGAAUGCUCGAGACCCAACAAAGUUUCAACACCAAGGAUUUGGAAUGCUUCUCAUGGAAGAAGCCGAGAGGAUAGCUAAAGAAGAACAUGGCUCGGACAAGAUAGCCGUUAUAUCUGGAGUGGGCACUAGGAAUUACUACGCUAAGAUUGGCUAUGUGCUAGAAGGACCAUAUAUGGUCAAAAUGCUAUAGAUUUAAGAGAAAAUAACUGUUAAAUUAGAUCAGCUUUUGGUGGUACUGCUAAUGGGCAGGAUUGCUCAUUUCGUUGCUCUUCAUAUAAAAAAAAAAAAAAACUACAAAAUAUAGACCUGAUUCAGGAAUUAUUAAUUAACUCCGCUUUGUAACACAAAGACUUAAAUGAAAAUAUUGUAGAGCAAGUAGUUAUUCCUGUUUGCGGGGAUCAAACCUGCGACCGUCCGUCUCGCAGCGUGCUAGGUGCGCAACGGUUUGAUAUUAUGUACAAUGCACAACGAUUUAUUGUUACAUCGUUUGUUCAGUAGCUAAAUGUUGUUCUUGUAUGUUUAACAAUAAAGUUGGUGUUAUGCA